UUGACCAGUAGGCGGAGCUCGGUCCAUUAAAUGCUGCUGUGAUCGCAGCAGAGCUCAGAUCAGCUAAGCAGUGAUUCCUUAAAGCUGCUCUUCUCAGCGGGCUGCAGUCGGAACCGAACCGGUUGAAGGUUCUAGAUUCUCCUGGGGAACUGAAGGUCCAAUAGGAGUGAAGGUUCUACAGGUACCAAAAUGAAACAAAUCUUACUCGGUCUGUAUGCGCUGGGGGCCCUCUGUGCCUGUAAGGUAGUGCUGUCAGCAGCUCCCACAUAUGGCGAGCGGGGCUCUGAUCUGGGGAUACAGGUGUUUCAGCAGAUGGUCCGUUCCAAGCCUCUGGAAAAUGUGGUGCUCUCACCCCAUGGCGUGGCUUCCAUCUUGGGCAUGCUGCUACCUGGAGCCCAUGGGGAAACCAGGAAGCAGAUCGUUAGCUCUCUGCGUUACAAGAGAAACGGACCUUAUAAGAUGCUGAGGAAGCUGCACAAAAACCUGACUACCAAGUCCAACCAAGAUCUUGUGCUGAUUGCCAAUGCCAUGUUUAGCCAGAAGGGUUUCCCAAUGGACCAGACCUUUGUGGCCACCAAUAAAGCCAACUUUCAGUGUGAGAGUAGGAGCCUAGACUUCAGCAGCCCCAGCGCAGCGGCGGACAACAUCAAUGCUUGGAUCAGCAAUAAGACCAAAGGUCACAUCACCAGCUUGAUGAAAGCAGACAUGCUGGACUCGCCGCUGACCCGUCUGGUAGUGCUCAACUCCAUCUACUUCAAGGGUUUAUGGAAGUCCUGCUUUGAGCCCAAUAACACCAAGAUGAGGCCGUUCACGGCUGGAGACGGAGACGUGUCCAAAGUCCCAAUGAUGUCCCAGCUGUCCAUCUUUAACCUGGGCAUGGCCAGCACGCCACAGGGGCUCAGGUACCGGGUGAUCGAGCUGCCGUACCACGGAAACUCCAUCAGCAUGCUGAUUGUUGUCCCUGCUGACGAGGACGUGUCUCUGUCCAGUGUCAUUCCACACAUCAGCACGGCCACCAUUCAGAGCUGGACCAAGCUCAUGCACAUGAGGAAAGUCCGCCUGCUCCUCCCCAAGUUCUCUGCAGAUGCAGAGGUGGACCUGAAGGGUCCGCUGAUGGCGCUGGGAAUCACAGAAGCGUUCAGUCAGGAUGCAGCCGACUUCAUGCACCUCAGCAGCGAGCCGCUCUUUGUGUCCAAGGCUCUGCAGAAAUCCAAAGUGGUGGUGAAUGAAGAGGGAACCAUGGCAGCAGCAGCCACCACUGCCAUCCUGAUGGCUCGGUCCUCCCCCCCCUGGGUCACGGUGGACAGACCCUUCCUGUUCCUCAUAAGACACAACCCAACAGGCGCCGUCCUGUUCAUGGGCCAGAUCAACCAACCAUGAGGCCCCCGUCCAGCAAGCAGACGGACCUGGAAGCUGGUCCAGCUGGAGAAAAGCUCCCAGACUGCCGUGCACGAGGCGCAGAGAGACGCCGUCGGCCCACCUCUGACCUACGUGAACAAAUCUUUGUUUUAAAUGUGGCUUUUUAUGUUGGUUUUCUGCAGCGCAUCACAUGCUUUCAACAUGUUUUAAUUUUUGGAUGUAGGUUUUUUUAAAAGACUUUAAAUGUCCCAAUGUCUUAACCCUGGAGAAUGAGGAUGCCUUUAUUUAUCUGCUCUCUGCUUUGGUUUAACUCCAGUCUGUCUGUUUCCCUCCU